GCAAAAGGAUUCAGACUGGAAUAAAGAAUCAUCCUUGAUCUGUUUAUUGACUCAGAACAUACAGACAGAGAUGCUAUGCUUUGAUCACAACUUCUUUAUAUGUUGUUGGGUCUAAAUUCAACCUGUAGCCAGGCAAUUAUGUGAAAAUUGCUGCUUGCUAAAAAGCACCAGUGUGGAUAAGACAGAAAGUAUCUGCAAAGAGGAAUGGAAAAUAUUCAGUUUGUGCAAACCUGGAUAAGACAUACUUCAGAAAGACAGGUGGCUACCAUAGCAGUCAAUGUAUUGAUUUGAGAGGCUGAAUACAAAACAAAGCCACCGUCUUAUAUGUAACAAAUUUUGCAGACCUUGUUUUAUUUUAAAUUUUACUUCUAAUGAUAAAAGAUUUUCUGAUAGAUAUGUUUCCGUUUUUAAUAUUUAAAAGUGGAAUGAAUGUGUUUGAGAAGUAUAGGAUUUAGGUAUUUAAAUGUGGGUUUACAUCUCUAUUUUGUCUGUGUCUAUCGUGCUUCUGGCUUCGCUCUCUGUAAAACAAGAUUAUGUGGUGAAUAGGAUAGGGGUAUGAGCCGUGGAGCUCUCUCCCAGUCCAUCCACGAGGAGGGCAUAACGCGUGUCGGUUCAGAUGCAGCAGCAGCAGCAGCAGCAACAUCCUCUCAAAAAGCAGCGCUUUCAGCUGAGCCAGUCAGUGAGUCUCAGCCCGUCCGUGCAGUCAGGAUGCAGCUGUCCGAGCAGAACUGAGCCUGUAAAGGUGAAAGAGAGUGAAGCUAAGAAAUCUCUGAUCUCUUUGUUUCUUUAUAUAUUUUUCCUCCCAUUUCAUCGGAGUGGUCGGAGCAGAUGCAGCUUCACGGCGGCUUCAGAAGUUGGACAGCCCCAGAUUUGCAUGCCAUGACUCUUGAAUCUGGACAUUCCCAAGGCAGCGCAGCGCAGACGGCGUGGAUCAUUUUAAAAGCCAUUUCGUCUGUCCACAUCACGCGUGUCAGGAGGGUGAUCAACAUGUGGCGCUUUAAAUAAUGAAAUUACUAAUAAAAAAAGAAAUGAAGGAAUACUGAUCUCCGUCCGAACAGCCCCCGGGUGAUACCUGUUAUUUACAGUAAUGGAAUGAAGACACUAUCCUGAGAUAUAAUGGAUGAGAGAUCCAGCAAGCUCAUCUUGGUUCCCAUCUUGGCAGUCCUUUUUGUCAUGAUAGGUUAUCAGUACAUUUGUCCAGCGGGCAGCAAUUCGUGCCACUUUAAGUCCGAGGAGAGACUCAGAGGGGUGAGCCUGCUUUCUUCCCCGUAUCAGGACGCCGAUGACUUCUACAGAGAUUCCGACCUGGACGAUGACGGUCCGCCGAAGCUGCCGUCCAAAUUUAACUUCACCGAGAGAGACCUGGACAGACACGUGGAGUUCAACAUCAAAGGGGACGACGUGAUCGUGUUCCUGCACAUCCAGAAGACCGGCGGGACCACUUUCGGCAGGCAUCUGGUGAGGAAUAUUCGUUUGGAGCAGCCGUGCGACUGCAAGCCCGGCCAGAAGAAGUGCACCUGCCACCGGCCGGGCAAAGAGGAGUCCUGGCUCUUCUCCCGGUUCUCCACGGGCUGGAGCUGCGGGCUGCACGCGGACUGGACCGAGCUGACGAACUGCGUCCCGGUCGUAAUGGAUAAGAAGGAGGCCCAGAGGAAUAAAAGGAACUUCUACUACAUCACCAUGCUGCGAGACCCAGUAUCCCGCUACCUGAGUGAGUGGAAACAUGUCCAGAGAGGAGCCACAUGGAAGACGGCUCUCCAUAUGUGCGAUAGACGCUCACCCACCCAGGACGAGCUGCCCACCUGCUACAGCGGUGACGACUGGUCCGGUGUCACCCUGAAAGAGUUCAUGAACUGUCAGUCAAACCUGGCCAACAACCGCCAAGUCCGCAUGCUGGCUGACCUGAGCCUGGUGGGCUGCUACAACAUGUCCUCAAUGAACGAGAGCCAGCGCAACCACAUCCUUUUGAGCAGCGCCAUGAGCAACCUGAAGAACAUGGCUUUCUACGGUCUGACUGAGUUCCAGCGCAAGACGCAAUACCUGUUUGAGCGGACGUUCAGCCUGCGCUUCAUCUCCGCCUUCACGCAGAUCAACAGCACGCGGGCGGCCAACGUGGACCUGAGUGAGGCCGUGCGCAGGCGCAUCGAGGAGCUCAACUUCCUGGAUGUUCAGCUGUACGAGUAUGCAAAGGACCUGUUCCUCCAACGGUUCCAGUACACCCGGCAGAGGGAGCACCAAGAGGUGCGAUUGAAGAGGCGCGAGGAGAGACGCUGGUUGAGGGAGCAAAGGGACCAGGGCAGACCAUGGCCGUCCAAACACAAAGGAAGCGGGAAGGGAGAUGGAGACGUAUUUGAGAAGGAAACUGAAAACGACCUGCCCACCACCACUGAGGACUAUACAAGCCAAGUGGCACGUUGGUGAGGCUUCAUCUAACAGAGAGCUGCAACAGACUCUCUUGUACAUCUUAAGAGUCUCUUUGUUCUUCACCAUUGUUCUGUCUUAUGCAUUUAUCUGCUUUGUUUGGUAUGGGAGCUUUGUUUCUUUUAAAAAGAAAAUGCAUUCUUUCUGUCUCUGAGAGCCUUUAGUGUCUUAAAUUUAUAAAAGCUGUUCAUAAAUUGUCUCAUUUAACUACUGCCUUAGUUUUACUUUGCAAAAUGAUAGAGUGAACAAAAAGAAAAUCCUGACUGCAUUGAUUUUAAUAUCCACAAAAAGGUUAUGAAUAUGUUGGAAGUUAUUAUUGGUGUUCAAACUGUUUUCGCUCCAGUGACUUUAUAUUUUUGAGUAAGAGUUCCAGACAUCAUAAAAAGAUGGAGAUGCCUUGAGCAUGAGUUUUUAAUGCGUUACAAACACAAAGUGGAAUAUGUGAAUUUAUCAGAGAGCAGCAGAGCAUUUCUUGAAUCUGAUCUUCACUGCCCAGAUCUGUCCAAACAACUGGUGAGUCGACCAACAAUUGAAAUUUAACAAUAAGCUGGUAGAUAGAAAGAGGGGAGGGAAAUUGCAGCUCAAGUUGGGUCUGUGUGUGGCUUUCUCUUGUGCACUUUAUUUUAUGUUGCCCAUAAAAAAAAUUAACAGUAUUUGUUAUAAUUUAGAACACUCAAGGAAAUUGGAAUAUUUUCAACAACACAAAUGACAGAAAUCAGAGAUGUCCCAAUCAGGGCAUUUUCAAUUGAGAGGUAUCAGAGCUUGUGACUGAACUCAACUAGUAAAUACUGCCUAUGAUUUUAUCAGCCCUAAGCGAGCCUCCAGCAGCAAUUUUCAGAAGUUUCUUUUUAAAUUUAUUCUCUCCUUUUUAUGUGCAUGGCUUGCAAGCUUUAAUGUUAUACACAUUGUUUUGUUCUAAACGAAUUUGAGUUUUCCCUACUAAUGUAGGUCGGUUUUGCCCCCCACAAUGACUUUCAGAGUGAAUGACAGAAUAUACGGGCCACUGCAGCUUCCUGUUUAAGACAUGUAGGUUCUGACCUACAUGUAUGCUCAGCUGUCGGGGCAGAAAAGAAAAAAAAAACCUUGGAGAACUAUUCUUUUAAUUUCAUGACCCUCAAAGAAAAAGGACAGUUAAUGAAAAAAUAUAACUUUUUCAGUCCUGUUGUCCUUUUUUUGCCUCAUGCUUAAUAGAAUCUGCAUUGAAAUUUUAUGAGUCAUAUCAAAGCAGGGUAAACAUGCUAGCAUAAGCCUAGAUCUGCAGCAAACUGCUGCACACGCACAUUUAAAGGAGGAAGAUUGCGAUUAGUGAGCUGGUUAAGUGGGAUACAAUCACAUUGCUAAUGGAAUACCAAUGAUAUGUAGUGCUGCUUGUUGGUCAUUCAAUCCUUUGCUAUUUUGCAACUGUGUAGUUUUGGUUAUGUUUUUCUGGAUACAAAACAUAUUGAACCAACACUUUGAUAGGGGAACCAUAAAGUAAAAGCUACAGAGUUUUUGAGAAAAUUCAUAGCUUUCACAAGCAGCAGUCUAGACUAGGUGCCCACUGAUCAGAUAUGAGCAAAUGCCUAUUCUUAUAUGACUUCUCAUUUUGGCAGCAAAUAAAAAUCUUGAUUAGGACAUUGAUAACAGAAAUCCUAUUUUAUCUGAAAGUCUUAAAGGCUGUGCAUGGUCAGGUUUACGUGCUGAAUUCUGUUCUCAAUGCAGCGUCAUUUUGUCCUCGGCCUCAUGUCGUCCAUUAUUUGUCACAACCGCCCUGACAAAUCUUUCACCCCCUAACUAUUGUGUGAUUGGUCAGAAUUUUAUGGUUGUGUUUGUUUAUGCAGAAAACAGUUCCAAAUACUCACCAUCCUAAAGCAGGUUUUUCAGUCAGAGAGCAGAAUGGAUGGUUGAGAGAAGCAAUUGUCAGAGACCGUGAGAAAGUACGUACCAAAACAUAUUCCAGGCGGAGUUUAGUGACCAAAACACUAAACUCCCCCUGCUCAGUUUUCUGGUCCAUCACAGCCGCGAACAUCCCAGCGAUGCCUUCUGUUCUUCUUUAGCUUUUGACAAUAUGGACAAUAAAAUGAAAUGUUUUAACUCAUCAAUGAUUAUUUCCUCCGCUUCUGUUUACUUUACUGUUUUUAACCAGACAUACGACAAAACACCAGGACGUGUAGCUGAUGCAGCGGGAGGGGUAUCACAGGAGCUCAUUUCAGUGUAUCUUGUGGAUCUUGAAUGGUCUCUGCGAAAACGGAUGUCCCACCUUCACAGAUGUCAACCACGUGACCGGACUUCGACUGUUUGACCAUACUGGGCCCUUUAAUUAAAUAACAGAUGGUUGCGUGUCACAGAAACACAGUAUAUUUAGAACUGCAGAGAGUUUCAGAAUAUAAAUUUUGCACUUUAAUAAGCUCCGGCUGAUUUAAUAAAAAUCUCUUCUGAGUCACUGAAGUCAACAUGUCUUUCUUGAAUAAUUUUCUGACCACCAGUAUUUUGGUACUGGAUCUUUUUGAAUUUGGAAAUCCUAACUCCAAAAUGGACAUCUUUCUGAUAUUUCUUUCUUAUACUUUUUUGAUGUGACUUUAGUGAGAGUCACAUCAUAAAAGGCAUAAAAAGGCUCUUUCAGGGAUCUGAUCCAAGUUCUGUCACUCAAAAUAUUGCCCAUUUUCAUCUACUUGCAGAAAAGGCAAACUAAACAAUUCAGACAAAAGAUGUACUGUUUUGAGUCUAAUGUUUUUUUAAAGACAAUAUUGUUUGCAUGUACCAAAUUAUUCAAAAAUGUGUAUGCCAAUUUUUUUGCUGUUAUUUUCAAACAGUUUUCUAAUGCACAAUGUGUGGUAUGUUACUAACAGAAUAACUUCUGUCUGGUCCAUGCAUGUUUUUGUAAUUUGAUGUUCACUAUGAAUGCAGGGAUGAUUCUUAUUGAAUCAUUCAGGUUCAUAAACAAAACAAAACAAACAAAAAAACAGCCCUACCAGUAAAGAUGGUAGGGGUGUUUUACUCACAAUUUAGUAAAACUGACAUUUUUUUAAAGCACUUAUCGUCAUCCCAACUUAUCAACAUUUUAAAUUAGCAUUUUUCUUCUGGUCCAUCUGUUUAUUUUGUGGUUAAUAAGAAAUUGGACUACUUUUGAGGGAUACAGAAGAAACCUCCAAUAGCCACAGUGUACAUUCAUUGAUGGCCAGAAGAAUGGAGCAAAAAAUCUGCCUAUUAUUUAUUUAAUUUUUUUUUUUUUUGGCAUAUUUGUUUUUAACAUCUACACAUAUAAGAAAAAUUAAACCAAAAUUAAAUGUUUACCUGUUUUUGAUCACUAAAUAAUAAAAAUGUGCUUCAUUUUGUCGUAUUUUGGAUUUUAAAAUUAAAAUAAUAUAAACACUUUUGGCGAGAACAUCCAGUUGCCAAGAAAUGCACAGAUCUAUUCUCUACCUGUAACUUAUGUCAAGCGUUGUAUUUGUUGUGAAAAAGAAAAAAACAAACAAUUAAAUGGUACAAGAGUGGUAAGCUGGUUCUUUUUGGCAGAGUUGAUAGAUAUUUGAUAAACAAUGAAUGUGAUGAGUUGGGUAAAUGUUGGUGGUAUGUGGCCUGACUGGGAAUGAGAUGAUCAGUAUUCAGUUGUCAUGCCCCUCCCCUGUCACACUGGCUGCUUCUUACAUAUUUGUAGAGCUGACGGCGUCUGUGCUGUGGGCACCGAGAUCGCUCUGAUGGAAGCAGAGAGCCAGAACUCAAAGACAAAGCCUGAGAGAAGAUGGUUGAAGAAAAUAAAACAUUUCUGUCACUUCUUUGUGCCUGAUAGUUUCCGGCCCCUCAAAGCUUGUUUUUAUCUGCUUCAAAAGGCUUGGGUGGCCUUUGUGCUUUUAUGUGUCUUAUCUCAUGCUCACUCACAGCUCAUGCAUAUAAAAUUAAAUGUAUGCUAAAUGUCAGCUCAGAUAUCUGCUGCUAUUAUGUUAAUGCAAUUUGUCACGUUUUUUUUUCUUCCUGAUUGCACUUUCUCAUGAAAUACCUCAUGUUGCACCGUUUUGCUUAAUCUCGCUCCAUCUUGUCUGAAUGAUUCAUCGAGUCGUUGCAGAGCAUGUGUUGAAUGAAUAUUUUGUCAGCUAAUGGGAAGGCGUACAUGUAUAUGCACCUGCUGGUAUGGAAGCACUUACAUCAGCAGCGGGUAAAAAGAGGAGGAAGUGUGUUGCACAUUCUGAAUACUCGAACUCAAGUGUUUCAAGUGUAGCUCACAACAUUAUAGGACAGUUCUGUGCAUGAAGAAUGCAUGCCAUUUUUAAAUGGCAUGCAUUUAAAACUCAGAGGCAUUAUUCUUUUGAGAUAGACUUUAAAUAUUUCUAUCAGUGUAACUCAGUUAGCAGGAUACAGACUUGUUUUCCUGUCUUUGAAAAAAUAGGAAAACAAUUUAUCUCUGCAAAAAACAGUCAAAGCAGUUUCUUUCUUUCUUUUUUGGUAAAAUGAUUACUUUUAAACUUUAAAGCUUCACUGUGCAGAAUCUAGAGCUACCUUGUGGUAGACCUGCAGGGGAAUAUCCCAUUGCCUGAGUGAGGAUAAAGUCGUCUACAUGUCCAAGUGCAAUAAUGUUGGAAAAGAAAGUGGACAAAAGUUAAAAUUUCUGGAGCAUGUCUAAUUUGUUCACAUGGUGCUACAAAAAAGCAUGACGAUGCAGGACUACCACGAGAUAGGAUGAGUCAAAAUCACAUGUUCUGCCAGUUAAAACAUUUGUGAAGACUGAUAAUCAGCAGUCUACCACUUGUGAAUUUUCCCUCCAAACUCAUAUUAUUGUAUAUGUGUUGUAUUGUUCUGAAGUUUACAGAUGGUUUUAAUCUGAUAAAAUAAGCUUGUUGAGGUCAACAUAUGUGGGAAUCACCUUACUGAGGAAAAAUUAUGAUAUCUUUGAUGAUACUUUAGCUGAAAUAACUUGAUUCUUUCUCUGCCUUCAGUCUGAGAAAGGUUUGACACACUCCUUUCUUUCAGCUGUUUCAGAGUGUAUAACAUAUUUCAAGUUUGGGUCUUUGUCUAUAUUCUCCCUGAUAAAGCCUCAGCCUCGCCUUCAUGUUUUUCUUAGAGAGCAAAUGUUUCCUCACUUUACAUCCCACGAAAGUUAAAUUGGUACAGUCUCAUUUUGAUUCUACACGUAUCCACUUUCAUAGAAACAUGAGUAAGAGUCUUCUGUAGGUCCAGUUAUAAUAUUUUUGAAAACAUGUAUUUUGGCAUCUUGCAGUCUGAACUUGCUCUGAUAACCAAACCUCUGCAUGUUGGCAGUCGUUUUCAUUGUCUUCACUUGUAGAAAGUUUCAUAGGGAAGUCACAGGACAACAGAACAAAACAUAGUAAAAACCAAAACCUACAUUUAUCUCUAAAAGGUUUUAACAAAAACUGGAGUAGAUAUAUAUAAAAAAGCUGCCAUUGUCUAAUGGAAACUUUUUAUGAUUAUCAAGAAGACCGGACAGCUAUUGCUCCAGACUACUUUAAUAAAUGUAAAUAAAAUCUGCUUCCUUUAAAUAAAUUUAGUGUGUAAAGAAACUGCUCAAAAUUCUUACACAGGACUGUAGUUUUGUUUUUGUUUGUGUCAGGCAGUUUGUGGGGCUCUUGGCUUACUUUCUGCCAAAACGACAUGCAGCCUCUCUGGCAUAACGCCUCAAGGACAUCCUCCUCAAGCAGCCAGUCAGAAUGACAUUUUAUUAGUCUGUGAUUAUUUUUGCUUGCAGGAAACUGAUGGCUGAUAAGCAAGGAAUCAAUGUUUGCCAAUGGAUCUCUGAUGCUCCAACACACCAUGCAUACGUAUGUGUAUAUAAGUGUGUUCAUGGGAACCAAAACCUAAAAAUGAAAACACUUAUUCAGUCAAUAAACAUUUGAUGUCUUUUAUACAAGAUCUUUUUUCUGUUACCAUCAUAAAACCACAGCAUGAUGUUGAAUUUGCUGUAUGUCACUUCCGUGGCUUUUGCAAAUUAUACCUUGAAUGAUUUCUUUUAAUAAGAGAAAUGUAAGUCACAAAAUGAUGUAAAUAAAGUCAUAAAGAGAAGCAGAUGUGAGACAUGUCACUCUGUGGGGAGGGUUUAAUGAAGUUGUACUGCCGCUCCAUGAAAGCGAAUCUCCCUGAUGGUCUGAUUUAUCUGUUUAAUUUAAAGGAUUUUAACUGCUGCUGAGGAAUGGCUUUGUCUGACUGUAAUUGGUUACAUCUCAAGAGAGAUUUCUCUCUGUUUUAUCUGUACAUAAUAAAGCCUUGCGAUGAAAAGAAGUAUAAAAGCAUUUUUGUGA